UUCCUUCUCUCUCUCUCUCUCUCUCUGGGGAUUUCUCCUUCUGUGGGUUUGCUUAUAAAUCCAUCAUCGUCACACCUCCCUUCCUCUAAAGCUCCCAUUUUUCGAAACCCCUUUCUCUAUCUCCUUCUCUCAAAUCAUAAUCCACUCAUAAUAUCAAAAGGGUCACCACCUUUUUCCUCAAUCUCUUCUCCAAACCAUUCAUGUUUACCUCCACCCAUAUGAUCACCAACACCACGGCACCGCCCUUGCCGGACCUUUCCUUGCAGAUAAGCCCACCCUCUGAUUCCGGCAGCAGCGGCAGCGAUCUGACCCAUGAGAAUGCUGCGUUUCUUCUUCCUCCCAAAACCCAUUUCAAGGGAGAUGCCAAAAUGGGCUUUGGGAUUAAAAGAAGAAUUAGAGCUCCAAGAAUGAGAUGGACCACCACUCUUCAUGCCCAUUUCGUCCACGCUGUUCAGCUCCUUGGCGGCCAUGACAGGGCAACACCAAAAUCUGUACUGGAGCUGAUGAAUGUCAAAGAUUUAACCCUAGCUCAUGUAAAAAGCCAUUUACAGAUGUAUAGAACAGUGAAAGGCACAGACAAAGCAACCGACACAGGCUUGAAGAACCAAAGUCAAGAAAUUAAUGUCAAUGGAGCUUCAAAGUGUGAGAAUUCUAACCCACCACUUACAAUGCGGAAAAGCCCUAAUCAAAUCUGGAACUUGUUCUCUUCAUCAAUGGAGACAAAUCGGGAGAUGACGAGCAGAUGGAGUCAACAUAGCAACAACAGUAUUGGAAACAACCAGCAGCAGCAGCAGCAGCAGGACCGACAGAAUGGAGACGCAAGCAUGAAAUUCUUGAGCGGCGUGAAGAAGCAGAGGUUGGAAGGUAGCUGCUUGUCGUUGUGUGAUCAUAAUAAUAACAAUACUGUGAACUUAGACUUUAGCCUGGGAUGCCCUAAUUCUCUAACCAUCCAUUCUAAUCCUUCUCAAAUGCUAAACUCAAAACAAACCCUUUCUUUCUAGGGUUUUCAUUAUACUUAUUAACCUAAUUAAUCUUGGUUUUCUGUAAUUUCGUUCUCUCAACCUCUUCCUUUGUUUAUAUAUGUGUUGGAUUUUUAA